AGGUGGUCCGAGACUUGAUGUUGACCUGGGCGUAAGGAAGGCGGCAAAUAGCAAGCGGGACGACAUUUUUUGUUAUCUGGGAAGCUGUUUACUAAUCUGCCUCCACCUACCUAGUAAAGUAGCCUAUGAUGUUAGACUCUGAAAAACAUAUACGUUUUACAUAGCACUGAGCCCGAGAAUGGUUAAAACGCAGUUUUCCAUUGUUUAGCUAGCUAAAUAACUGAUGGUGGAAAUGAACGGCUGAGAUAAGAUUCGUUGCAUUUAGUGGAAGCAUGGAAAUGAAAGGAAAGGUUAAGUGUUAAAGCUGCUGCUGAGGGGGAAGCUGGCCAUGUCACGGGUUCCUACCCCUCCUCCACCAGGGGACAUGUCUACUGGACCUGUGGCAGAGAGCUGGUGUUACACACAGGUGAAAGUAGUCAAGUUCUCCUACAUGUGGAGCAUCAACAACUUCAGUUUCUGUAGAGAGGAGAUGGGGGAGGUUUUAAAGAGUUCCACCUUCUCCUCUGGACCCAACGACAAGAUGAAAUGGUGUCUUAGAGUCAACCCAAAAGGACUAGAUGAUGAAAGCAAAGAUUAUCUGUCGUUGUAUUUACUUCUUGUUAGUUGUCCAAAAAGUGAAGUCAGAGCAAAGUUCAAGUUUUCCUUAUUGAACACUAAAAGAGAAGAGACUAAAGCUAUGGAAAGCCAAAGAGCCUAUCGGUUUGUCCAGGGGAAAGACUGGGGCUUCAAAAAGUUUAUUAGAAGAGAUUUCCUGCUUGAUGAAGCCAAUGGGCUGUUACCUGAUGACAAACUCACCCUGUUUUGUGAGGUGAGUGUGGUUCAGGACUCUGUGAACAUUUCUGGUCAGUCCAACAUGAACAUGCUGAAGGUUCCAGAGUGCCAGCUGUCAGAUGACCUGGGGAACCUGUGGCAGUGUUCCCGCUUCACUGACUGUUCCCUCUAUGUGGGGGGGCAGGAGUUCAAGGCCCACAAAUCCAUCCUGGCAG